AUUGGCCGGAGAAAAGGCCAGGGCCGAUCCCGUACCGUUUAUUUAUUUCAAAUACCUCGGCCAGGCUUCCAUUUGGGAAGCUUAGAUAGUAAGUUUGCGAGGGCGAGGCGUUUCUUCUCUAUAAAUUGGCCGUGAAGAGGAGAAUUGAGGCCACUCUCAAUUAAGAAUUUUCAAGUUUUCAGCGGAGCCAUGGCGAAUUUGGAAGCAGACACCGUUACUCUUCAGCAUAUGGAAUUAAGUGCAGCUCAGUCUGAAUGCAGCGACCUCGAAUUGGCCUUCAAUUUGCAGUUACAGGAGGCGCUCGCCGUAUCCAUGAUCACCUCUCAACCGGGAAGUUCCACUAAUUCGGUGCCUGCCGAUUCCAAAGACAGAGCAGAGACUUCUGCUGGCGAGAAAGAGGAUGAUAUGCAUGUCUUAUUGAAAAUGCAGGUGCUCGAGUUGGAAAAAUUUCAGCAGGAGCUCGCCGAUCAUGAACAGGCGGAGGCGGAAAUGCGCCGCUUAUCGCAAGAAAUGCACAUUAGAAACCAUGAUUCCCAAUUCGCUCGAAGUAUUCAGGAUAUGGCGGAUGAUCAGUGGGAGGACAUGGGAAAUGACUAUGAGGAGCCCUUCGAUGCUGCACAUGAGGAUAGGGCAUUUAAACUCUAUUUCAAAGGAUUGAUCAGUAGCGAGAAUUUAGGAAAUAAUCAGUGGGAGGUUUUAGCGGGGGCGGGAAUUGCCAUUUAUGAUCAAGAUGAUAAGUUGGUAUUUCAAUUGGCAAAGCCGCUGGAGACUGGUUUGAGUAGGGCGCCUGCGGAGUACAUGGCUUUGACUGAAGGCCUCAAAACUGCCUAUUCUUUGGGCAUACGAAAUGUCACUGCUUUUGGGGAUUCUGUGCAGGUCCAUAAGCAAGUUUUAGGGUCCUGGAGUGUCAGACAACGUAAAAUUUCCCAAUGUUUGCGGGAUGUUCAGGAUCAGCUUGGCAAAUUGGAUAAAGUGUUCAUGGUCCUCCUCACAAGAAGUGACAAUAAAUAUGCAUUGACUUUAGCAAGGGAGGCUAUUGACAGUCAGGUAAGCAGGAAAGAUCAAUGUCGUAAUGAAAGGGAGCAGACCUACGAGGAAAAGUGCAGUAUCUGUUUUGAGGAUAAUCCGAUGGAUCAGAUGUAUGAAAUCAUGACUUGUCACCAUAGGUAUUGCAUUUCUUGCAUGGCUCAACAUGUAGAGGUCAAAUUGCAACAUGGCUAUAUACCGGAGUGCCCACAUGAAGGGUGUCAUACUAGGCUGACUGUAGAUGGUUGUAAGAAAUUCUUAUCACCUAAGUGGACUGAGGUUUUGAUAAAACGAUUGGAGGAGGCAGCUAUUCCAGAAUCAGACAAAGUAUAUUGUCCAUAUACUGAUUGUUCGGCAUUGAUGACUAAGACAGCCAUAAAUAGUUCGUCACAAGCUUGCUCAUCUUCAGAUCCUCUAAUGCAUACCAAAUGUCUGAAAUGUCACAGACUUUUCUGUACAGAGUGUCGGGUUCCUUGGCAUCAGAAUAUGUCAUGUCAGGACUAUCAAAAACGUAUUCCUCAAUUACAUGGUGUAGAUGCAAAGCUGCAUUUGCUUGCAACAGACAACAUGUGGAGACGAUGUACAAAAUGUAAACACAUGAUUGAACUGGCUGAAGGUUGCAAUCAUAUGACUUGCAGGUGUGGCUUUGAAUUUUGUUAUGUUUGUGGGGCUGAAUGGAAGAACAAGCACGCAACAUGCAAGUGUGCUUUAUGGGAUGAGCAUCACAUUAUUCGUGAACCACUUACAGAUGAUGGUGAUGGCUACUAUGAUUCCGAAGAAGAAUAUGAGACUGAUGAUGAAGAUUAUGAAUUUGAACACGAAUUUCGGCAUGCACAAUGGGGCAGGGCAUUAUGAAUUCAAAAAGAUUCAUGCUAUUGCAACUGGAAUUUAACUAUUAGGUUCAAACUAAAGUUUUGUAGCUCAAUUUUGUUAAAUUAUUUGUCCAUAAAAUGAUAUCUGCAGGUAAUAGAUUUUUAGCGUGGUUCAUCAAUGAAAUUGUAUUUUUGAGGUUUUAUUGAUUAAAACAUUUUCUAGUAUGUACUUGAAAUAACUGGAUUUAAUGUGUAGUUUGGAUGCGAUGUGCGUGAAUUAAGUUCUUGAAAGAAAGCUGAAGUUAUAUUUGCUACC